AUGUUAAAAAUAACAUCCGAUAAUUUACCAUCUUGUUGUUAUUAUACUUUAUUAAAUGGUUAUCUUGAAAUAAAUUGUCUUGAAGAUUUUAUUAUACGUCUAUGGAGUUUAUUAACAUGGACAUGUUUAAUUACAUUUCGUGGUCAUAUACAACCUGUAUUUGAUGUACAAUUUGGUCCAUUUGGUCAUUAUUUUGCAUCAUGUUCACUUGAUAAAACAGCACGUUUAUGA